CUGACACAGGCCGGGCACAGUGGCCCACCGUCAGAAGGGGAACGAAGGGCUCCGUUCCGGCGACGCGACGGCCGCGACCGCGUCACCGGGAGUGGAGGAGAAGGGAUGAUGCAGCAGCUGCAGCCGACGCGGAUGCACUGGGCGAGGGCCGUCCCCUCCGACUUCGGCGGCCAAGCCCCCGCCCCUCGCAGCGGGCACACGGCGGUCGCCAUCGGCGGAUCCAAGGUCGUCGUCUUCGGCGGGUUCGCGGACAAGCGCUUCCUCGCCGACAUCGCCGUCUACGACGUCGAGAACAGGCUAUGGUACACGCCGGAGUGCAGCGGCAGCGGCCCGGACGGGCAGCCAGGCCCCAGCCCGAGGGCCUUCCACGUCGCCGUGGUCAUCGACUGUAACAUGUUUAUCUUCGGCGGCCGCUCUGGGGGCAAGAGGUUAGGUGACUUCUGGAUGCUCGACACCGACAUUUGGCAGUGGUCGGAGAUGACUGGCUUUGGCGAUUUGCCGUCUCCCCGGGAGUUUGCUGCCGCAUCAGCCAUAGGAAACAGAAAAAUUGUCAUGUAUGGUGGUUGGGAUGGCAAAAAGUGGCUGUCUGAUGUAUAUGUCAUGGACACAAUGUCACUUGAGUGGACAGAACUAGCAGUUACUGGAUCAGCGCCACCUCCAAGAUGCGGACAUUCUGCCACUAUGAUUGAGAAGAGACUGCUUAUAUUUGGAGGCAGAGGUGGAACUGGGCCGAUAAUGGGUGAUCUCUGGGCUUUAAAGGGUAUUACUGAAGAAGAUAAUGAGACACCAGGAUGGACGCAAUUAAAGCUGCCAGGACAAUCUCCCUCUGCACGAUGUGGUCAUUCAGUGACUUCUGGUGGACCUUAUCUCUUGCUAUUUGGUGGACAUGGAACUGGGGGUUGGCUAAGUAGAUAUGAUGUGUACUACAACGAAUGUGUUAUUUUAGACAGGGUCUCUGUUCAAUGGAAGCGCUUGCCAACAAGUAAUGAGCCACCCCCUCCUCGGGCAUAUCAUUCUAUGACUUGCAUAGGGCCUCGGUUUCUUUUAUUUGGUGGCUUUGAUGGAAAGAAUACCUUUGGCGAUUUGUGGUGGCUUGUUCCUGAAGAUGAUCCUAUUGCCAAGCGGGACUUGGUUCCUGAUGUUGGUUCAGACAGCAACCAUAGCACUGUGACUGGUGAUGCCCAACAGUCUGCAGUGAAGGAAUCAGAAUCACAAUCUGAUGAAUCUCCAAUGUUGGAGUUGGCCAAACGAUUGGGGAUUCCACUUUCUAUAGAACCUUCAGCAAGUUUUGUUGACGAAAUCAAUGAUAGAGAACUAGUGGAAUUAUCAUCUAGGCUCAUUGGUGAAUCACUUCCUACCACCGACCAGCUUGCAUGUAUUCAGGCACUUCGUGAUCAUUGGAGAAGUUCUCCAUCCAGCUCAAUACAGCUCCAGGAGCUAGGCCCUCUGCUGAGGGACUAUCAACGUAUCAUUAUCCGUCGCUUUGUGGAAAACCCAUCCCCGACAUUCCUUGAAAGGGAAGAUCACCGACUCUUCCAUUUGAAAAAUGCCUCGCAGUUGCGCAUGGAUGACAUCCCCAUCUUACUGGGCGAGUAUAGAACUCUGCUUUCCACCUGAGAGAGGUCCACACAACUAUUUUGCUUGGUAAGUGCAUCUGGGCUAAAACCAUUGUGCUACGACCAUCGGUUCUCUGCUUCUGUGGUUUCCGAUGCCCAGGGCAAGAAGGACGACAGCCCAGCCACCUAGGCCCUAGGGCAAGCAAACAGACCAUUGGUGAGCAAAAUUGAUGAGGAAGUGUUUGUAUUUGCGAAAUGCAUAGAAAAACAAAAUGCCAUGAUCUAUAAUGUUUGUAUUUUGAUGUACAAGCUAGAAUCUUCUUUUAUUUUCUUGGAUGUACAAAUGUAAUUUUAAAAUUUUCGAAAGAAAGAGCUCCAUGGAGCUACGGAGCAAAUUAAUUCUCA